AUGUCUCUUAAAUCCUUGAAAGACAGUUUUGAUUUGAACGGUAUUGGGUCUGCUUUCAAAGCUGCCGGUCAGCAGACUAACUCGGAACUGACGGUAAUUGACAUGAUGGCUCAAGACAUUCACAAGUCUCGGGUAUACUACUCUGGAAACAUGGACGCCCCAUAUUGGCUCCCCGUGAAUGAUUUGUACAGAAUCGUCAACGAAGAAUCGGUAUACAAGGCUUUGACUCAUACUUUGAACCCGGAUCAAGUCGAUGCAACCGAUGUAAGAGGGUACGCGGCAAGGGUGUGUGGACUGAUUGAAUAUGUUGACCACAGAGACCAACUGUCGUCAUCAGGUGCGAGGAGUAUGUUUGCCAUUUUGGUGAUGAUUGAUAAGGUAGACGAAAUCAAGCAAUAUAUUGACAACGGGUUCACGGACGAAGACCUACCUCUGGUUUCUCCGCCCAAUAAUACUGGGCAUCGUCUUUGUCCGAAGAGCUUUGCAACUGGCGAGUUGGAAUGUUGGACCAUCGGGCAAACCUGGAAACGAUGGGAGUGGACAGCAUUCCAGACGUACCAGAGAAUGACAAGGUCUCCAUUUUUUGAGCUGCGACAAAGCAACAACAAGUUGCCCCAUUACGACUUGGAUGUGGGGACGGUGUUACCAUUUGUUGGUGACUUCGGCAAAUUAGAAACACUGACAAUUCACCAGGAUUCCAGUCAGGGACAACCUUUUUUUGCAGUCAAAGAACUUCAUCGCUACCGUGAGGUCCAGUAUGGCAAGCGCGAACUUGACUUUAAAGAAGAGGUACGAAGCUGGGCAAAGUCUGCCGGUGUUUCAAAACAUCCUCAUCUAAUCAGACUGUUGGCUACAUGGAGACAAAACGAUACCUGGUGUCUUCUAUUCCCAUGGGCAAAUAGCAACCUCGAAGGAUUUUGGCGCAGUAAAACACCUGGAAGAAAUCUACGAUUUACGAAAUGGGUGUCAAAGCAAUGUCUUGGCUUAGCUGAAGGCCUGAGAAGCAUUCAUAAAAGUCGCUCAGACCCUAUGAGGCAGUGGGGAAUCCAUGGAGACAUAAAACCACAGAAUAUCUUGUGGUUUAACGACCCAGAGGACAAAGGCGGAAAAUUAGUCAUCAGUGAUUUUGGGCUCACUCGAUUUCACGGAGAAGAAACCAGAUCCAAUGCGCUUCCACCCGGAAAGGACCCUACUUACCAAGCUCCUGAAUACGGAUUUCAUAAUGGCAUUUCUCGAGCUGCUGAUAUAUGGGCGCUGGGUUGUGUCUAUUUGGAAUUUGUCACGUGGUAUUUGAUCGGCUUUGAAGGCCUCGAAAACAGCAUUCAACGAAGGAUUCAAGAUGACCGAGGACAAAUAGAGUCAUUUAGACAGGACAAGUUUUUCAAUCUCAGUCCUACAGAAAACGGCGGCCAUGGCGCGGAGUUAAAGCGUUCAGUCACAAACGUAAGUCUCUUUCAAGCUUAG